AUGAAGUCGCCGGCGCUGGGACGACAAAAGCAGCGGAGCACCAUAAAAGCACAAGAGUUGCCUGACAACAACCCAGUCCUCGCGAAGGACGAGGUAUGCAAGCUGCUGCUGGCGCACGCGGAGAUUAAAGAGGCGCUCAGGGUCCCCAGCCAUGCCGAUAGCUUCACGCUGCUGCGUGCCUUGUCGCACGCGCCGAACAAGUUCGAGACGCUGCGGAAUGGGGGGCUCUCCUUGGCGGAGGCGAUGAGAGUGGCGGACCUGUUGGAUUGUGCGCUGCAGGCGCCCCAGGAGAUUCAGGAGCGGAAGAAGGAGUCCAGAAGCGUAGUGACGAGCAUUUUCCUGCCUUGCCUUUGCAUCGUAGAGCUGGUCGUGUGCGGCCUCCUGGUGUGGACGCUGGAAACCUCCACGGGCGGUUGGAACGUGGGCACCUGCUCGCUGGCAAUGUUCACCAACAUCACCUGCAAGGAUCAGACCACCUCCCGCUGCGCGGUGGACGUGGAGGUCCGCGGCACCACCGGUGGGCUGAGGUUUUACACUAUGCAGGGCUGGAAUUUGCCAGUGGCCUAUAAGACCGAGAUGGGAGGCUCAAAUUUUGAAGCGGCGUACCUGGGGGACCGCCUCAAGUGCUGCAACGACGAGAACGGUCACGUGGGUAGCUGCUGCAGCCUGAUGGACCAAGUUUCUGAGAUCUUCUGCGACAACCUGGCCUUGCUGGGCCACACGGCCUACGACGGCACCGAGUGCCCCUCCAACAACUGGGACUGCCUCUUCCUGAUCGACGAGGUGGACCCUGCGCGGGCGAGUGCCGUACAGCCCUACACGCCGCCGGAUUUGGUGUCCUUCAUCGUGGCGGCGGGGGUCGUCUUCAUCUUCCUUCUGCUGGCGGUCUUCUGGUCGCUCAUCGUGCGCUACUGCCAUUGCACAGCGUUGGACAGAGCGAAGGCGCGGUUCCAAGAGUACCUGAAAUCCCUGCAGCCGGAGGCGCGAACCGCCGAAGCUCCAAAGCUCCGAAGCCUUCUGCGCCACCUGGGCGGCGCAGCAGGCAUGAAGCUGGAAGAGAUGAAAGAGGAGCGCGCGACGGUCCGACACGCGGCCGAUCGCAGUCCAAUCAAGAAGGAGCAGAGCCGAUCGCCGGGCCAAGAUUCCUUGCAGCCCGUGAAGCGUCGGCGCCUUCGGCGUCAUGACAUGCAGGGCCAGAACGUGGGCGAAGCCUGCAUCAAGAGUGAGGGCCUUGACUGGCACAGCUUCUGGCAGAAGGUGAAGCAGGAGGUCAGAACUGAAGCUACCUUCCCAACCACCACCAUGGGGAGCGAGAAGGCCAUGAAGCUGGAAGUGAAAGCGGAGAGUCUGGGUUCAGAGUUCCACCAGAAGAUGGCCGCGUGGGCCGAGCGAUGUGCCGAGUUCAAAAGGAAGAGGGCGACUUGGAUGCCCACCAGACCCUGCUGUCCGGCCAACGUCUUCUUCAGCAACCCGGUGGCGCCACAGGAGGAGGACCCGCCCUGCGUGCAGCGCUUGUCCCCGAAGGAGCUGAGCCGCCUGCGGCGGUUCUUCGACCGCGGGCAUCCGAUGUUUGCAGCUUCGCUGCAGAUUGACACGCCGAAGGCCCCACGCGCUGCGGCAAACGCUUCACAAGAGGAUGCCGGCGGCGCGGCAUGCAUGAAGAUGUGGCCCUGGAUGAGGGACCUGCCGAGCAACAUCUGGGCUGGUCGCGGCUGGGCCUACGAUGAGCAGAGCGGCUUGCGGCGCUUGUCCUGCGCAGGCGGUGCAGGUGCCAUGGAAGGCGUCGAAGUUUGGGAGGCCGUUGGCACCGCUGGGCAACCAGCUGCGCAGCUGCCCACUGCCGGCGCACGGUCUGCUGCAGCGUCCAGGCCUGCAGGGGAUGCCAGCAGGAUUCUUCCAGGCAACGGUGUGAAGCCUGCAAAGGUGCUGACAAAGCAGCAGGCCAAGCAGAGCGGCAUUCCCAACAUCAGUUGGCAAUCAGGACUCUUCUGUUGGCGUGUGGAUUGGAGUGAGCGAAGCAAAGGAGCCAGCACGCGACACAGGCAACAGUUUGGCAUCAGCAGCUUCAUGAAGGAUGGCCUCAACGAGGCGGAAGCUGAGGCCGCCGCCCUCGAGGCCGCCAAGGCCUUCCGCGCCCAGCUGGUGGCCCAGGGCCGCAUCAAGGAGAAGCUCCGGGACCAGAGCCUCAGCUCCGACGUGGUUGGGGUGGCUUACAAGAAGGAGCAAAGCAAGUGGAAGGUCGAAAUCUCCCGGCCAGGCGGCGGAAGGCGCAUCCAGGGCGGCUACUUCACGUCGAAGGCUGCAGCGGAGGCGCGGGCCCUGGAGCUCCGACAGCUCCACGGGCUGCAGCGCUCCGUGACGGCCUCCGCCUCCCGGGCGGAGCUGCCGGUGUUUCAGCCCAAGGCGCCCGUCCCGGGCGUUUGUUGGGACCGUCACGGCCAGCGUUGGUGGGCCAUCUGCAGCGGCAAGUCGACGAAGCGGCGCGGGUUCGCGCCCUCGGACCACUCCGAGGCGGAGCUUGAGAAAGCCUUCAGCAGGGCGGUGGCCUGGCUCAAGAAGCAGCGGAAGGAGAUAGCAGCUCAGGGCAACAUUGAGUCAAAGGCACGGAGCAGCUGA